AUGAAAUACCAAUUCUUGUUAUCCAUAUUAGCAAUUACCCUCAGUCAAGCAGCUGUUAUUCCACAACAUGGAGACCAUGCUAAUGAACAAUCACUCACCUCGCUCGACUCUGAAGCCGCAGCAUUAUUAAACGAGGAUGUGUUUGGCUUGAACGAUCAACAAAACGACAAUGACGAUGACCCACUCAUUGAUGAUAUCGAGGUCAAUGAUGAACUUCAGCAUGAAGAUGGGGAUGAGCAUCAAGACAUUAUUGAAGAUACCACAUACACGUUGGACGAAUUUGGUCGCUUUGUACCAGUGGCCACAGCUACGCAAGAUGCCAUUGAUAUUGAUGAGAACAAUCAACAAGACGACGUGGAUGUUGAUCACAAUGACCCUGGCAUGCACAUGAUUGUCGACAGCACAAUGGCCACAUCCAAUGAGCCUGUGGUACAUGGCGGAGAAGAAGACGGCGACGAGAUUGGGGAUGAGGUGUAUGUCUUUGAAGAUGAUGAGGAUACGCUUGACCAAAAGCUCGAGAUUGAUCCUGAAACGGGCAUGCCUUUCUUCAAAAACAAAUACGAAGCUGACUUUGAUCACCAUAUUCAAUGGGCUGCUCAAGCCAACGGCAACGAAAUGUAUGAUGAUGAUGAUUCCCAGCAACUUGCUCAGCACCAAUAUCACCCAGCAGCUUUGCCGUUUUGCCCUAUGGAUUGGCGUGUGAUUCUCCUUGGCUUGAUCGUCAUUGCCAUCGUCAUUCGUUUUGUAUGGCGAAAGAAUUCCAAUAAGGGUGGAGCUAUCAGUCUUCCAACAUCAUCCAAAAAUGAAUGGCUAAAGCCUCCCAUGAGCCGCAAGUACCAUGGUAAACCUCGUAUGUUGUCGGUGCAUGGCCAUCAAGACUUCAUGAUCACCCCACCCGCUCGCAAGUCGCCUCUUCGUGAUGCACAUCCCACUACCCCUACUACGACUGUUGUACUCCCCAUUCAAGACGAUGUCACAGUCAAAGGUUUCCAUCGUGGUGGUCACAUGCGUCGUGCCUCGGCUGGUGCUUCUCAUCAAAUAAUGGCUUCCCGUAAUAAUCACGCUCGCCAUUCAUCCAUGAGUGGCAUUCACCACAUGUAA